AUGAACAGCUCAUCGAAAGCCAAAAGCGGGCCGAACUCGCCCAUGAUGGGCGGAAACAGACAACAGACGCCGUCGCCGGGCUCCAGCACGUCGCAGCUGAGCGAGAGCGGGAAGAAUUCGAUCGGGAGGAGCAGUUUGCUGCCGCAGCUGUUCACUUGCGCGCAGCUGGAUGUCAACGUGGCGAUGAACUACGUCCUGCAACGGUUUUUCGAAAUGCAGGACCCUCAACUGGCGCCGUCGCUGCGUGCAGUGGAUCUUAUAGUGGACCAGACGUACGCCGAGUCGCUAACGCUGCGCCAAUUGAACGACUCGUUUUCGAACAAACAGUACCGCUACUUCAACACUGUUUCACGCAAUAGGCAGCUGUCGAACUGCCCUGUUUUUUGCGUGGCAGUGUACGCGGCCAGCCGCUGGGGCGGGUAUCAAGGCGGGAUGUCGAUACACUUUGAGGGUUUCCAGAACGUGCCGUUGCUCGGAGACACCAGCAGCUUCGAAGCAUUGGCCGCAAGCCAGGCCGUCGACGUCUCUCCGUCGCUCGAAGACGAACCGCACAGCAGCUCCAAUUGGGCCAAGGGCAAGAUGCUGCGCGCGAUAGAACCACCAGAAGAAUUGAUAUACGCCGUUUUUCCAUGGCUCAAUGAGUUGCAACAGGACCUCGAGGCCAAGGACCGUACCAACUACAAUCUCCAUUCGCUCUGUGAGCUCUUUGAAUAUUUGGCUCGUGUGCUGGUGCAAGAUAUAGCCUACUUGAGCUGCACCAAUGAACUCCCCUAUCUUUUAUCAAACGUGAUGGAAUAUGUACCGAGACUAGAUACACUGGUUUCUUACAAACAAUUCAAGAGCGAGAUGCAAAAGCUGAUAAAUUCUCACUCCAAGCAGAACGAUUGGAAUGACCAAGUGCUAUCAAAAGUUGAAGAAGGCUACAUUGAUAUCUCGAGAAGAUUUGCACUGCACAAUCAAUCUCUCCAAGAGGAGAUAAGGUCUUUAAGAUCGGAAUUAGGGUCCAUGAAACAGCUUAUUGCGGAGGUUUUACAAUCACAGCGCGUGCUAAUUUCCGCGAACUCAUCCAAUGGCUCGACCUUGCCAAACGGGUUUAAUAACAACGGACCUCUUACUUCGAUAGACAAAAAUGGAUUGCCCACCAACCUAUUCAACAGCUUGGUAAGUUCAGGAGAAGAGGCAACGCAAACCACACCCUCAUUAGCCCCUAUCAACAUGUUUCAUUCAUUGAGCAGUUCAGGAGUUCCAGAUUCUCAAAAGAGAAAACUGCCGUUGCCCAAUCAAUCUGGAUUUUCACCUUCUUCAAUAGACUCCCCAUUUAAGCGAUUUAAAUUUGAUGAAUUGAAAUCCAACCAGCCUAACCAACAACCAACUCAACAGCAACAGGCUCAACAAAAUAAUCUCAAUGCAACGUUAGACUCAAUGCUGUCCCGUAAUGCAGUAAGCCCUAGGAUAGGAAUUCCUUCCCUCAAUAGCGUACCCACAUCAUCGCAACUAUCGCCACAAUACAGCAAUUCGGGCCUACCGUCCCAGCUCCUGUUAAAAAAGACGUCGUCAACAACAUCACCCAAUGGUAAUUCCUCCCAUGAAGUGUUCAAAUACAAGCUGUCCAGAGAAAACAAAACUAUUUGGGAUCUAUACAACGAGUGGUACGUUGGCUUAAAUGGAGAACCCUCCAUAAAAUCACUUAUAGACACUUACGGUUGGCGGAGAUGGAAAGUGGGUGAGGACUCACAUUUUUUUCCUACGCGUAGAAUUAUAAUUGACUACAUCGAGCGAGAAAUUGAUCGCGGCUUGCGAACAGGCAGGUUCCUGAAUACAGACCGCGAUUCAAUGCGCAAGAUGAUUACCGACGACCUCGAGAAAUUUCGGGCGGCAAAUGGGCUCACUCUCAACAGCAUAUCAAUGUAUUUCCGAAACUUGACGCGGAAAAAUACGGAAAUUUGUAUUUACGAGAAUUUCCAAGACUGGUCGGUACUUCUAAUUGAUGAAGAUGAAAAGAAUAAAUACUGCAAACGACAGCAUAACAGCAACUCUUGA